GGAGCUGAGCAAGCAGGGCUUCCUGGAUAUGAUUACUGGAGGCGCAAAGCAAAAAGAGGGAAGCGUCGAGGUGUAGGUUGCUUAUGAGCGAGGUUGGAGACUGAAUCCAUGGAGCUCCACCGUCCAUCUAAUGCCGUGCUCUGCGUGACCAACGCCGGUGAUGUGUCUGCGUAUAAUACAUGUGACGAGCCCUCGUCCUUCCCGGCUACCUAUGUUGAACGUACUAUACAAAUCCCCCACUCUUUUUCCACGCCUCCCCCAUCCAAUAACGUCGACGCAAUACUUGCUUACCAGCCUCCAUGUCAUCUACUUGGUCUCGAAAUCGCUCGCCUGCAAAUUUCGCGUCAUGCUCGGCAGUCUCACCACCAGCCCAUCCAACUCCCUGCUCAUCUUCACCUGACACCCCAGAGCGAAAAUGGGGGUGUGGGCGGGAGGACGCUGCGGCGCAGAGCUCUCGUUUUCGUGCCUCGCAGCCGUGCAACCAGCAUUGCUAGCAGUGGGCACGGGCCUCGGGAAAGCCAGAGGCGACCGGGGACGUCACCAACCCAUCCUUGCCGUCGAAACCGCGCCUGGGGGUGCAGAACCGCGCGCACACGUCCCCUAUUGCCAGACACACCGCAAAGGCACGCCAUGGCGACCUCGCGAGACGCCCCGAAUCCGCUGCGGCCGUACUACAUCCCGCCCUCGAUCGGCCUGCCGCCCGACCUGCCCCAGAGCAAUUCAUCGUCACACGCGCACUCGCCCGCCGCGCCCGCCUACUCGUCGCGCACGCCCAAGCCCAGCUUCGGCAGCCAGGCGCGCGACAUCCUGUCCGACCUCGACUACGACUCGUACUUCGCAGACGCCUCCCCGAGCGUCGCCGACCACGCAAAGAAGCUGCUGGACCAGGCGCUAUGGAACUACACGUCGGUGCUGCUGGCCCAGCCCUUCGAGGUCGCGAAGACGCUGCUGCAGGUCCACCAGGCCCAGGGGCAGGCGCCGCCGGGCCUGCGGCUGAACGGCGACGAGAUCAAGAGCCGGCCCAACUCGUUCGCGAGCGGCAAGUUCGAGGACUACCCGUCGGAUGAGUCGGACGACGACUCGCCGGGCUACUUCACCAGCACCGCGCCCUCGAUGCACGGCCGCACCUACUCGCGGGGCGCGUCGCGCUCGCGCAGCCCGCAGAAGAGGAGGCAGCUCGCGGGAAGCCGCUCGCGAGACACGACACCCACGCGCGCGCCGCCGCCCCCGCCGCGCAAGCUCGAGCUCCGCAAAGCAGACUCGCUCCUCGAGGUCAUCGCGCAGCUGUGGCAGAAAGAGUCGGCCUGGGGCGUGUGGAAGGGCACAAACGUCACCUUCGUGUACAACUUCCUCCUCAAAACCACCGAGAGCUGGACGCGCAGCAUGCUGUCCGCGCUGCUCAACGUGCCCGACCCGGGCCUCAUGGGCACCUCGGCCAGCGGCAUCGGCGGCCUCGACAUCAUCGACAGCCCGUCGCCCCUCAUGUCGCUCGCCGUGGCCGUCGCCGCGACCGCCCUCGCAGCCACCCUCCUCGCGCCCCUCGACCUCAUCCGCACCCGCCUCAUCGUCACCCCCACCUCGUCAUCCCCGCGCACCAUCUACCCCUCGCUCUCCCUCCUCCCCUCCUUCUCCGUCUCGCCCUCCCUCCUCCCCGCAACCCUCCUCCACGCCACAGUCCCGACCUUCAUAUCCAGCUCCACCCCCCUCUUCCUUCGCACCUUCCUCGCCGUCGACCCCAUCGUCACGCCCACCGCCUACUCCUUCGCAACCUUCUGCUCCGCCACCGCCGAGCUCUUCGUGCGCCUCCCCCUCGAAACCGUCCUACGCCGCGGCCAGGUCGCCGUGCUGCAGGACCACGAGAACGACCGCCUGGCCGCAGAGUACCGACACGUCCCCGAGGCGCGCGCACUCAAGUCGCCCGUGUACGGGCUGGACGAGGAUGCGUCGGUGCGGUGUUUCCACACCGUUGUCGAGCCCGGGCCGUACAGGGGCGUGCUGGGGACCAUGUGGUUCAUUGUGCGCGAUGAGGGCGUGCAGGUUGUUGGGCCGGGCGCGGCCAAGGGGAAGGCUCCCGCUGCGAGCUUCUCUGCGCGGACGCGGAUACGCAAGGGGCAGGGUGUGCAGGGGCUGUGGCGGGGGUGGAGGGUUGGCUUUUGGGGGCUGGUUGGGGUGUGGGGUGCUGCGGCGAUGGGGGGCGGCGGGGGAGAGUUUUAAAAGAAGAUCAAGAUCAAGGGCGGCGUGUGGGAGCCGGAAGGUCGAAACGAAAGAACACUUACGAGGGCAAUGUGGAAGGAGCCGACUUUCUCUUCUCGCGCCUGUUUAUGAUAUCCCCCGUAUAUACAUCUCCUCUUCACUGGUUGGUCUGUCUUAGAGCUGGCGUUUGCGCUUUUGUACGACGUACGCCACACGCAUGUAGAGCCUCUGUAUACCGCGCUAGCUACCUACCUAUCUAAUCCUCCUCCGAAAUUCAAAAAUCACAAAGUAGAGCUGACACCGCAUGACCGGAUUCUCAGCGCACGUGUAAUCCUGUGGUAGCUCCCUCCAUGCCAUGUCCUUUGAUAUACUACGU